GGGGCGGGGCGGGGCCGGCCCUUCCUGGCGGCGGAAGCGGCGGUAGCGGCCGGGUCGGGCUCUUGUGUGCCGAGGCCUCCCGCCGCCCUCAGGCGUCCCGCGGCGGCCGGCAGAGGCGGCAGGAUGUCGGUGGCUGGGCUGAAGAAGCAGUUCUAUAAAGCGAGCCAGCUGGUCAGUGAGAAGGUUGGAGGAGCUGAAGGGACCAAGCUUGACGAUGACUUCAAGGAAAUGGAAAAGAAAGUGGACCUGACCAGCAAGGCGGUUACAGAAGUACUGACCAGAACAAUAGAGUACCUCCAGCCGAACCCAGCUUCCAGAGCCAAGCUAACCAUGCUCAACACGAUGUCAAAGAUCCGUGGGCAGGUGAAGAACCCUGGCUACCCGCAGUCGGAAGGGCUGCUGGGGGAGAGCAUGAUCCGAUACGGCAAGGAGCUGGGCGAGGACUCCAACUUCGGCGAUGCGCUUCUUGAUGCUGGCGAAUCUAUGAAGCGGUUGGCUGAAGUGAAGGACUCGCUGGAUAUUGAAGUCAAACAAAAUUUUAUUGAUCCCCUCCAGAACCUGUGUGACAAAGACCUGAAAGAGAUCCAGCACCAUCUCAAGAAGCUGGAAGGCAGACGCUUGGACUUUGACUACAAGAAGAAACGACAGGGAAAAAUCCCCGAUGAGGAACUUCGACAGGCCAUGGAGAAAUUUGAAGAGUCCAAGGAAGUAGCAGAGACCAGUAUGCAUAACCUCCUAGAAACUGAUAUCGAGCAGGUGAGCCAGCUCUCAGCCUUGGUGGACGCCCAGCUGGACUACCACAGGCAGGCAGUGCAGAUCCUGGAUGAGCUUGCGGAAAAACUCAAACGCAGAAUGAGGGAGGCCUCCUCGCGCCCCAAGCGGGAAUACAAGCCCAAACCCAGGGAGACAUAUGACUUCGGAGACACUGACCAAUCUAAUGGAGGCUUCUCUUGCAAUCCUACCCCCAAAGUCUCAGCAGCUUCCUCCUCUUUCCGAUCCGACAAGUCGUCCCGGGCCUCCGUCAGGAGUAUCCCCCCCCUGGAUCAGCCCUGCUGCAAGGCUCUCUACGACUUUGAACCCGAAAACGACGGCGAGCUGGGCUUCAAGGAAGGUGACAUCAUCACCCUGACCAACCAGAUCGACGAAAACUGGUAUGAGGGCAUGAUCAAUGGCCAGUCGGGCUUCUUCCCCCUCAACUAUGUGGAAGUGCUGGUUCCGCUACCUCAGUGAAACGGCAUCGCUCCUGUCCCCCCUCUGUGCUCAUGCGGGGCCGAGCCUCCAUUCCACCUCCAUCCUGACACUGGCCCUCUCCGGCGGCAGGGCCAUACGAAGCAGCCCCCAGCCUCACCGAGGGGCAAGACCUUUGACCCUCCCCACCCCAUUGAACACUACCCCUCUCCCCACGGAUGCCCAGCCUCCUUACAGUCCAACACCAAUGUGGGACCCCAGCCCUCCCCGCUCCUGGGGGCUCAGGGGAGGGAUGCCGUGACACAGCAACACUACACCCCCCCAUCAAACACUAAGCCAGCCCCACGGUGCGGGUGCUGAGCCCUGCCUGGGGCUCUGUGCCAUCCCUCUCUGCCCCAAGGGGACGGAGCAGGGAUGUCCCCUGCCCGCUGUUAGCCCUCUGCACGCUCCCUGCAGAGCUUGACUCCAAAGGGGGUGGCUGCUCACUUCUGCCCUUGAUUUUAAGUAGUAUAAGCCAGGUUGCUUCUGGACCUUGGGCUUUUCCUACUACACGCUCUACCAAGUCCAUCAGAGCUGGGGAAAAAUUUGAGGGGGGUGAAACUGAACGACAGCCCAAUUCACAGGGUCUACCCAUGGCAGGUUGUGGCUCCUUUCCCCCGAGGCUCUGCGCUUACUCCCCGCGGGGAGCCGUCAGCACCCCAUGCUGCAGGGCCAGGGCUCACAGCUGCAGGGCUGGAGCCUGGCCGAUCCUCACGUGCCUUCCCCGCGCCCCCACCGCUGCCCCGCAGCGACCCUCCUUGCAGGGCGAGCGUCGCGUCCCUCUGCCCCUGGGUUCGGUGGGAAAAGGUAUCGUACAUCUCGGUGUGGCUCCUGCCACCCCUUAGCCCUGGGCCUCCCUGUGCGUUCCUCAUGGCGGGGGUCAGGAUGGGGCCUGGCAGCGGCAGUGCUCACCCCAUCUCUCACUUGACUCCAUGGUUUUCCUUGCUAGAAAAGUGGUCUCUUCUCCCCCUUCCUCAGCCUUGGCCGGGCUCCGGCACCUCUCCUCGGCUAGCACAGUCCCUGCCCGGCCAGGGGCCGAGCCCCAGCUUGGCCCUGUCCCUGCAGCACGUCCCUGUCCCUGCUGCUCCUGGCUCCUGUUACAGUUACACAGCCCCUUUUUAAUGAUUUUAACCUUGCAUGUCGGUGUAUGUCCAAUCCCCUGCCGCGCUGUGCUCCGAGCAGGCUGACCAGUGACCCUGGUCCCAGACACGGGGGGCACAGGGCAGCUCCCCCUCGCUCCCAGCAGUGUAGGGAGCCCAAGGGACCAGUGUCCCCAGGGCUCUCGCCUCUGUCCCCUCCCUGGUUGGUACUGGGGUCACAUCCUGGGAAUGCUGGCUCCCGCUCAGGUGGAUUGAAAUACUUUUUGUAAGCUGGGACAACUUGCUAGACCUUUUUUUUUGGUAAUGGUUUCUCCUGGUUUUUAGGGGGAAAAAACGACGACCCACAAAUCUUGACUUGUAUCUCUGAAUGAAAGUAUUAAAUGUUUUCUUCUUUCUAA